UGUUUCAAUAUCUGUAUUUUAGACUGAAGAUAGCAGUAAUGCUAACACUGGCAAGCAAACUAAAACGGGAUGAUGGUGUCAAGGGAUCGCGCACAUCCAACACAGCCUCUGAUUCUACCCGAAGAGUAUCUGUUAGAGAUAAAUUGCUUGUUAAAGAAGUUGCAGAACUUGAAGUAAAUUUACCUUGUACAUGUGAAGUGAAAUUUCCUGACCCAAAUAAGCUCCAUUACUUUCUCCUAACUGUAAAUCCAGAUGAAGGUUAUUAUCAAAAUGGGACAUUUCAGUUUGAAAUUGAGGUUCCAGAUGCCUACAAUAUGGUGGGCAUUCAUCCCCCCCUUCCAACUGACAGCUCUCAUUCUGGUAAGCGGCCCUGCCAUAUACUAUACUGUGGCACCCUAACUGUCAUGGACCCUUGCUGGAGCAUGCAGCUGACCCAGAGAGGGUCAGCGUGUGGAGCAAAUCUAUCCAUCAAGUCAAGAAGAAACAGAUAUAAGUAACCACCAAGUAACUUUUGUUGAACCAUUUUAAAAGGCACUAUGAGAUGCCAAGGCAUUACUGGUGCAGCAAAAAAAGAAGAAGAACAUGACUGUUAACAUUAUACUGAUCAAAGAAGUUAACUAAAGUUUUAAACCUCUCUCAUCCUCAUGUCAGUGUGGUCCCUGAAAGACAGUGUGCAUCUAGGAGCAGACAAACCUCCCCCAUUUUUAUGUGUAUUGUGCAUCUCUGUCCUGUCUUAGUCAUUUAACACCAGGUCCUCCAGCACUAAAUAUUAUAAUCUGAGUAGUCAUGGAGUAAUCAUCCAUUGAUGACCACCAGGGUUUGAACUUCACCAAGACUGAACAAAAAGAAAAUAUCAAAUAUGACAUAGGUUUAUUUGACGAUUAUGUUUCUCUAGGUAACAGCUGGUUGUCUCCUAUGAUUCAUGCAGAAGUCCCUUAACAAUCCCUUGGUGUUUUACUUCAGUAAAUUAGCUAAACCUUAAGAGAGCAUCCUGCAAGCAAACACAAAUAGGUGCUUCCAGACAGAAGGUUUGUUGUGCUGCCAGUCAGAAGAUCAUCUAUAGCUAUUGCAUCCUUUCCUCCUUUAGAUUUUUAUGGGGGAGGGAGGAUUUGAACUGGCGGCAAAGUAGCUGCUCUUACCUGGAUACCUUUCUGAAUGAUGCAAUGUGAUUUCAUAAUAAAAGCCGUGGCUGGAAGCAGCCAUCAGUUGAUAUUCUGGUUAUGGUCCCUCUGAUUAUGCACUGCAUAAUUCAUAUUCCACACUAAGGAACAUUGAAUCCUGCCACCUGCAAGAAGAAUUUUCAGUUUAAGGCAGUUUGCAUAAUUCUGUUUCUGCUUCACUUGAAGGAGCACCUAAUAGCUGUGCAAAGCCCUAAAGUCCAGUAAUUGCCCAUUUCAGAGAAAGGUGAGAGUGUACAAGCCCAUAAGCCAUUCACAGUUUUCCAAAUGAAUGUUUUGGAGGAUUUCAACCUUCUCCUUCUAAUUUGCUGCAAACGAAUUGUUUGCCAUUUCAUCCAAAUGUAUUGUUGGGAAGAUUAUCUGAACUGAAUCUGUGUUUUUGCCAAAGGUUAAUGGCAUGCAAGUAAAAACCAUUCACGUCAAAAGAAGUGUUAGUGCAACUUCCUGCCAGUAAUUUUCUGGAUAAGGCUACUGCUUGGGAUAAUGAAGUGGUGCACAUUAUUAUCCAGUUCAGUCUAUUGGAGUGCUGCACAUUUCCCACAUCUGUUACAUUUUGAAUACUUUGAAACUCAUUGUUAUUUUAAUAUGAUAGCACUUCAGUUAAUAAUUAAUAGUUUUAUGAUUUAUUUUAACUGUAUGUUUUACUCUGUUGUAAGUCCCCUUUGGUUCUGCACUGGGAGAAAAGCAGGAUAGCAAAUGCAUAUAUAUGCAAGCCAAUAUGUAUUUCCCCAGGUAUACCAUACAACAGUGGAAUCCAAAGGUGUAGCCGGAUUAAAAGAAGCUUCUCUACCUUUUCAUAUGUCAGUUUAUUUCUUAAUUUAGUUUGAGUGUUUCCAAACAUACACCAGAUUCUGUCAGUGCCUCCUGAAGGAAGAAAUACAUCUUGCUCUUGCACUGGAGAGUUCAGUUAGUAACCUAAGUCUUGCUUGCCCUCAUUCAGUGCACAGAAAUUUGAAUAAUCUGAUACUAUGUGUAGUUUUUAGAAAUGAUUUGGAGAAUAUAUGAACACCUUGUCUUAAUGAUUUUAUUCAUCAUGCUAAAAUAGAA